AGCGAAUUAUUUGUCAUACCUAGUUAAAUGUUAAUCCUCAUUCGGCAGUGUUAUUUCACGUAUGGCGCAGGGUCGACGUGUGCACGCGCAUCAGUGGGAAGAUAAUAUGAAAAGACUAUGGAUUUGCGUGGCUUUUUUAGCCAUUUACGGAAAUUUAGCUUUGGCUGACGACAGUGAUGAAGAUAAUGCCUUGUAUGAUUAUGAUUCUUACGAAUAUACUGAUGGAACAACAAAAGAUAACGUUGAAAAUGGUAAAUUUAGAACAACAGAGUCAAAUAAGCGCUACAGCAUUCAAGAUUACCAGAUCGAAGAUAACAGAUCAGAAUUGGAAGACUUUGAUAAUGCUGGUGAAGAAAAUUAUUUAGACAUUGAAAGAAAUACAGACGAUGAAAAUAAAAUAGAUUAUCUAACUACGAUGGGAUUGGAACAUCUGGAAACCAUCAUCAAUAAAGACGCAAAAAGUAUAAUUUUUCAAAAUAAAAUGUUAGUAAUGCCAGAAAAAAUUGAAGAAGGUUAUUCGAAUCUUGAUAGAAAAAUAUUUGAGGACACAAAAACUAUUUUAAAUGAAGAUAAUGGAAAUGAUUUUGCUCAAGAUGAUCUUGUGGAAUUAAACACUGAGAAAACCUCUACUUUUACUGAAAUUCUUGAAGAAACUGCAAGGUUUUUGAAGGAGGCCAGUGAUAAGAAUGCCGAUGAAGAGUCCUUUAACUAUACUAAUCCUUCGUUACAUUAUGAUGAAGAGAUUUCUAAGGAAACUGAACAAGAAGAUUCAGUGGACCAAGCUAUCGGAAACUUUAGGGCAGAAGGAUUUAGUGAAGCCAUGAGUAAAUUGAGUGAUAUAGGUGAUGAAAUUUACGAAUUGAAUGAAACUUAUAAAAUGCUUGUCAACAAUAUCACCAUUUCAGAGGAUAAUAAGGAUAUUGGUGACAUAAAAGUGGAUGAAAAGGAUAAAAAAGAGCAAGAAAUAAAUACUUCUCACCCUAUAUUAUAUCUUGAUGAUGCCUUGCCAGCAACUGAGCCUGAAAUCACAAAUCCGGAUAGAGAUGAAACUACACCUUCACUUAUUACGCAGGAAACUAUCAUCCCUGACAAAUUAUAUGACAAUCAACUUGUCAAUAGAAACCUAUUGAUGAACAAGCCAGAUGGUAGCACCGCUGAACAUACUCUUACUACGCCAACCAUUGAAGAUUUAUCAAGUUCUAAUAUCAAUAACCUAAUGAGUAAUUUUCCUUCUCCGAAUCGAAUAACCGAAAUAACUCCAAAUGAUAUUAGAACCGCUAACAACGUUUGGCUAACAGUAGAUAGCCCUACUGUCAUAACGUCAAAUAAUUAUCCCAGCCCAUAUCCAACAAAUUCUGUUACUGAUUGGAUGAUCACGGGCGAUGGAGUGGGAAUUGAGUUGAAUAUUACUGAUUUAGCUGUCAAUGGCCACGUAGGAGAUUAUGUUUUAUUUAAGCCAGGUGGCGUGGAUGAAUCUGGAUCUACCGGUCUUCUACUAUCUUACACAUUACGCAAAGAACGACGGUAUCGGUUCCUUGAUGUUGACAAGAUGUUCGUUCGAUUUGAAGCUAGACCUGGACCGCAGGUCCUGAGAGGUUUUAGCUUUAGUGUCCGGAUGGUUGCCCCAAGACCCGGUGCACCUCAACCGGAGCCAGAGCCAGAGGUGGUGAUCCCCACACCUCCUGAAACUAUCACCUUAAAUCUUGGAGGUGUAUCUCUAGAAGGCUUCCUCCAGAUCCAAGAACAAUUCCGUCAGAUCGUCGCGCAGAUGGCAGCAACUUACAUUAUCAACAAUAACAUUGACCCUGGUAUCAAUACAACUUUAGAAUUGACGCAGAUUACAAGUACGGCGCUAUGCUUUCACAACUGGCCAAAGUUCGAGAAAUGUGUUGAAGUGAGGUUUGGAGUUCCACUUGUCUAUGAGGACGAUGAAGAUGAAGAAAGGGAGCCUAGACUUAAUUCAGUGGAUCUAGCUAACAUGUGGGAAAUUUAUUCACAUUCUGAUCCAUAUGUUGAAAGUUUGAGAUCGUUGGGAAUAACGGAAUACCAAGUGCCGAACGACAGAGGUAUACUGACAGUGUGGCUCGUGAUUGCUGGAGGUGUUGUGAUCUCCAUGGCCAUGCUUGCAUUUGCGCUAUGGCGCUUUAGCUGCUUCGAAAAUUAUACAAGAAUGCCAGCAUUCAGUGACACGGAGAGUAUAAAAGAAAAGCGCAACUUGGAUCUGUAUCCAACGCCUCACCAGACGCUCCCACCACUUUACACCGAGACUGACUAUAACUGGGCUGAUGCCGACUCUACUAAAGUGGACGUAAGAGGUUACACUAAUAAGAGCUACAUGCGAGAAGAUCCGUACGAUCUUGAGUCAGACGACGAUAUAGUUCCAGUAAGCGCCAGGUACACAACUGACGUGUAGCCGUAUCCAAAACUCUCAUAAAUAAUCGAAAUACCAGCUUCAGUCCGCGGGACAUUUACAGCGUCUAAUAUUAUGCAAUGAGCAAUCUACUGUAGAAAAGCUAGUUUAUGAACUGUUUAUUGAGGCUUUAGAUUAAGAUAUUAUUGUGAUUUUUUUUCAGUUAUUAAAUAUCUAUUUUCUUAUUA